GCGACUGCGGACUCAAAAUGCGCCCGAAAGAGUCGGGGCAGGGCUGCCCCGGGGACAGGGACAGGCCGGGACACGGGGAUCCCGCAGCAGUUACCCCGGUUCCUCCGCCCGCAGCCAACCCCACUCCAGAGCCCUCUGCCGACUCUGAACCCACUUCUGCGCAGGCACCUGCGGCUGGACAGGGAGCUGGAUCUGGAUCCACAUCCGUCUCGGGACCCCAGGUGGGAGCUCGCUCAGCCUCUGAGGCUCGAUCGGAGGCAGGAGCCCAGGGCGCGUCCGCAUUCUCGGCGGUCCAGGGAAAUGCUCAGUCUGUGCCCGACAACUCGGACGCGCAGCGGACCCGCUUCAAAUGCCAAGGGCCCUUUGAUCCCCGCGCCACUGGCCUGGGGACUGGAAAGGCGGCGGGCAUUUGGAAGACGUCGGCUGACUACCUCGGCCGGCGGUCUGCGGUGUCUGGCCCCGAGCGCAUCGCCCUUCUUCGGGAGCUUAAGGAAGCGCUGUGUCCUGUCACACCACCGCCAGUCAAGAAGAUCACCCAAGAGGAUGUCAAAGUGAUGUUAAGUUUGCUAGAGGAGAGAGAGCGACACCUGAACAUGGCAGCUCACGUUGGCCAGUCCCUGGUGCAACAGAACAGUGUUCUGAUGGAGGAGAACAGCAAGCUGGAAGCCAUGCUGGGCUCGGCCAGGGAGGAGAUUUCACAUCUCAGACACCAGGUGAGCCUGCGGGAUGACCUCCUUCAGCUUUACUCAGACUCUGAUGAUGAUGAUGAUGAGGAGGAGGAGGAGGAGGAUGAAGAUGAAGAAGAAGAGGAAGAAGAGGUAGAGGAAGAGGAGGAAGGGGAGGACUAUGAGGAAGAAGAGGAAGAGGAGGAGCAGCAGCCUGACCAUCCCUACGAAACCCCUGAGCCGACUGCCCAGCCGGAGCGGGAGUCGCACCGCUGCCCACAGCUGGAAGCGCUGCAGGAGCAGCUGAGGCUGCUGGAGGAGGAGAAUGAGCAGCUGAGAGAGGAGGCCUCUCAGCUCGACUACCUGGAGGAAGAGGAGCAGAUGCUCAUCCUGGAUUGUGUGGAGCAGUUUUCGGAGGCCAGCCAGCAGAUGGCUGAGCUGUCAGAGGUGCUGGCGCUCAGGAUGGAGAACUAUGAGGAGCAGCAGAAGGAGAUGGCCCAGCUGCGGACCCAGGUCAUGAAGCUGCAGCAGCGCUGCCAGUCGUAUGGGGCUGAGACAGAGAAGUUGCAGCAGCAGCUGGCUUCGGAGAAGGAAAUCCAGAUGCAGCUCCAGGACCAGCUGCAGGACCUGCGGGAGAAGUACACGGAGUGCGGGGGCGUGCUGAUUGAGACCCGGGAGGAGGCGAAGACCCGCCAGCAAGCCCGGGCACCCGCUGGCUCCGUCACCCGCUACGCAUACACUGUACCUCUGGAGGUGCUUCCUGAUUUCCAGGAGACCCUGGCUGAGGAGCUCAGGACAUCUCUAAGGAGGAUUAUCUCAGACCCUGUGUUUUUUAUGGAAAGGAAUUAUGAGGUGACUCCAGAGGGGACGUCAGACCCGGGAUACGAGCUGCGCCACAGUCAGGAGCGAGAGCGGGGACAGGGGUUCGAGGCCGAGGAAGGUUUGAUGCCAGCAGAGGAUUUCGUGCCUGCGGAGGAUUUGGUGCCCGAGGAGGAGCUGGGGGCCACACAAGACAUGGUGCCAGCCGAGGAGGGGGGCACAGAAGAGGCAGAGCUGGUGUCCGAAGAGGCUGAGGCCUGGGAGGAGGUGGAGCCCGAGCUGGAUGAGGCAGCACGAAUGAGUGUGGUGACCUCAGCUCUGGAGGCCAGCAGCUUGGGCUCCUCGCACCUGGACAUGAAGUAUGUCCUCCAGCAACUGGCCAGCUGGCAGGACGCCCAUUACAGGCGGCAGCUGAAGCAGAAGAUGGUCCAGAAAGGUGAGUGCUCCCGUGGGGGCCUCCCUCGGGCCAGCCGGACAAGCUGCAGAUCAUCGAGCCGAUGACAGGUGAGGGUAGGUGAGCCCCCCAAGUGCUCACUUACCCCAGCCUGGCCCCUCUCAGCGUGCUGAUUUGCAUGGACUUCGCAUAUCACUUACAUAGGCACCUCAGGUCCCCCUCAGUGGGAACUGUGCCCCCCCCCACCCUGUGCUUAUUUAUGUGGAAUUUGCAUAGGAUUCCAGACCUCCACCCCCUUUCCUCCUAGGGGCUGGGCUGGGGGUCAGGGCUGGGACUGCUGGCCCCACCGCACCUCAGCUUCCUGUCUCUGCCCACCCCCUUCCCCUAUCCCCUACCCCUGCCUCCCCCAUC